AGUAGACCAAAAAAGGGAAUCAUAGAAAAAGUUUAAAUCAAUACCAAUUUUUUCUUGACUAAUUCUCGAGGAUGUUUCGCGUUUCUUCUUUUAUUCUCUUUUUCUUUCCUUCCACUAUUUUGUAUCUAUACAAAAUGUGUAUUCCCUCGAGCACAAUCGAUCUCAGCACACAAGCAAACAUUGACCAGAUUAAAACAAGUCAUAUCCAUUUGAAUUGGAAUGUUGACUUUGACAACCAAAAUAUUCACGGCAACGUCGUGUUGGACUUGGUCACUUUGGUAGAUAAUGUGGAAAAGGUUGUGUUGGAUACUAGUUAUUUAGAGAUUAAAUCUGUAUUGUUGGGCAAUGAUAGUCUUAAAUUUGAUGUUGCUGGAAGAUACGCUAGCUUGGGUUCUGCUUUAAACAUUGACGUUCCCAAAAUUGAAAAGAAAGGCACUAAAUUACAACUCAAGAUCAACUAUGAAACUACUAAUAAGUGUACUGCUAUUCAAUUCUUAAAGCCCGAACAAACACUCGGUGGAAAGCACCCUUAUUUGUUUUCUCAAAGUGAACCUAUUCAUGGUCGUGCUAUGAUUCCAUGCCAAGAUUCACCUUCAGUUAAAGUCACUUAUUCUGCCUCUAUUCGAUCCCGUCUUCCUGUUGUUAUGUCUGCUCUUCAAACGGGUGUUGAAGAAGACUUGGAUAAAGAAAAUGGAUACAAGACAUACCAUUUUAGACAAAACACAACUAUUCCUUCUUAUUUGAUUGCUAUUGCCGUGGGUAAUCUUGUUGGCCGUGAGAUAGGUCCUCGUAGUACUGUCUGGUGCGAGCCUGAAAUGAUUGAACAAGCAGCAUGGGAAUUUUCAGAUACUGAAUCCUUUGUUGCUACUGGUGAAGGUUUAUUGACACCUUAUGAAUGGGGUCGUUAUGAUUUGUUAGUACUUCCUCCUUCUUUUCCUUAUGGAGGCAUGGAGAAUCCUUGUCUUACUUUUGUCACUCCUACGUUGUUGGCCGGUGAUAAGAGCGCUGUCAAUGUCAUAGCUCAUGAAAUUGCUCAUAGUUGGAUGGGUAACUUGGUCACCACUAAUUCUUGGAAACAUUAUUGGUUAAAUGAAGGCUGGACUGUGUUUAUUGAACGUAAAAUCCUCGGCCGUCUUCAUGGUGAGCCUACCAGACAAUUUGAAGCUUUGAGUGGUCUCAAAUCUUUGCAAGAAAGUGUCGACUUGUUUGGUAAAGAUUCACCCAAGACCGUAUUAAAUCCUGAUCUUCGUGAUGGUGCUGAUCCUGAUGAUUUCUUUUCUAAGGUUCCUUAUGAAAAGGGAUUCAACUUUUUGUAUCAUAUUGAAAAAGUAGUCGGCGGCCCUGCUAUCUUUGAGCCCUACAUGAAAGCCUACGUCAAACAUUUUGCUUCCACUUCCAUCUCUACUGAAGACUGGAAAGCUUUCUUGUUCGAGUACAUGGAAAAGACACACGGUCCUAGCAUGAUUGAGAAGCUCAACACCAUUGAUUUUGAUGCAUGGAUCAAUCAACCUGGCAUGCCACCUGUUGAUCCCGAAUUUGACACCACAUUGGCUGAUGCUUGUUACAAUUUAGCCAAACGCUGGGAUCAAGCUCGUCACCAUCCUGAUGACUUGUCUGCAUUCAAACCUGAGGAUGUUUCUUCUUUCUCUGCUGGUCAAAAGAUUGUAUUUUUAGAGAAAUUGACAGAUGUGGCACCUUUGCCUCAUGCAUUGAUUUCUAAAAUGGAUGAAUUGUACCGUUUAACACUCAACCAUAAUGCUGAUUUGCGUCUUCGCUGGCAACAGGUCUGUCUGAUGGCAAGCUAUGAGCCUAUCUAUCCUGAGGUAGUCAAGUUUGUGACUGAACAAGGCCGCAUGAAAUUUGUUCGUCCUUUGUACCGUCUUUUACAUCAAGCUAAGAACGGUUCUCAAUUGGCUGUGGAUACUUAUUUAAAGCACAAAUCAUUCUAUCACCCUAUUGCUGCCCAAUUGAUUGAAAAAGACAUUGGCAUCAAAAAAUAGUCUCCUUUGCUUAGAAGUAACAAAAAGACAAAGUCUUUUUGCUUUUAAAUAAAUAACAAAAGCUGUAAGCAUCAAUUAGGCGCAUAUAAUAACAUAGAAAGUAUACUUCAUUUAUGAAAGUUUAAAGUAUUUAAUAAAUUGGAGUAUUCUUUGUUUUAUCAUGUC